GUCGUCGUAAACUGGGUAAAGCUAGUAUGGCGGUCGUAAGCCGGAAACUGGCAUAUUAAAACCACACUUUUAAAGGGACGAUUUUUGGCACUUUCAGCUUAGCUUCCGUGUACCAAGCUGUCUGAAAUGGCUUAUGUAGAAAUGCCAUAAAAAGACGCCAGGAAUUCAGAGAAGGACAUUUGUUCAGCGAAGAGCUGUGGAAAUUGGGCAUCCACCCAGCAACUGAUGGGUGCUGAAUUUUGGUCUCGUCUUGCCGCUUUAUGCUCGGCACUGUUUAGUGAGAAGGAGCUUACGGGGGUACAGGAACCAAGGAAGAGAGUAAAAGUUGUCCCAAAGAAUGACCAGUCAGUUUUGGUGAUGAGCAGUUCUUCACGCAUGGGAGCAGUGAGACUGAGCGAGGAUCUUGGAAUAGGCCGUUUGCAGUUGUUGACCUGUUAUCCUGGUUCACAGCUGGUCACUGCCUGAAGGACUGACGUUUUCACUGAAAUCCUGCCCUUGGAAUUAUGUGGUUAUUUUCUUGGUGGAAGGUUUAAAUUUGUGUCUUAGUGGUUUAAACAUGUCAGAAAAUCAGGGUAACGUGAAUAACAAUCCUAUCAACAAUAACAACAAUGGCAAUCGAGUGAGGAACCAGAACCUGAACCCGAACCCUCUAAUUAAUGUUCGGGAUCGUCUUUUCCAUGCUCUCUUCUUCAAAAUGGCAGUCACCUAUGCUCGACUCUUUCCUCCUUCUUUUAGGAGGAUUUUUGAAUUCUUUGUUCUGCUAAAGGCUCUGUUUGUUCUCUUCAUUUUGGCGUAUAUCCAUAUUGCUUUCUCCCGUUCCCCAAUUAAUUGCUUAGAGCAUGUGAGAGAAAAGUGGCCACGGGAUGGAAUUCUACGGGUUGAGAUACAACGCAACUCCAGCCGGGCUCCAAUUUUUCUGCAGUUCUACGAGACUGACAAUUUUCCAGGCAUGGUUAAAGAAUCCUUGGCCGAGGAAGAGGAGGAGGAGAUGAGCGUGGAGAUGUUUGAUAACAGCUCUAUACAGUUUGAGCUGGACAUAGAGCCGAAUGUAUUUCUGAAACCAUCGCUGGCAGGCAGUACAGAGACUGUGACACACACUGCACAGAAUCAAAGCCAGGAGCUCCCUUUUCCUCAGGCUUCGUCAAAAGGUAUGCAGCCACUGACAGAGAGAGUCUCCGAGUUUGAGAUGCUUGCAAGAGCAGGGUUCCUGCGCAAUGUGGUAUCAGGAGAACAUUAUCGUUUUGUCAGCAUGUGGAUGGCUCGAACCUCAUAUUUGGCAGCAUUUGUCAUCAUGGUAAUAUUUACCUUGUCCGUCUCGAUGCUUUUACGCUACUCUCACCAUCAAAUUUUCGUCUUCAUUGUUGACCUCUUACAGAUGCUGGAAAUGAACAUGACGAUUGCCUUUCCUGCAGCUCCUUUACUUACUGUAAUCCUGGCACUUGUUGGCAUGGAAGCUAUUAUGUCCGAGUUCUUCAAUGACACGACAACUGCUUUCUAUAUUAUUCUCAUUGUGUGGCUUGCUGAUCAGUAUGAUGCUAUCUGUUGCCAUACAAAUACCAGCAAAAGACACUGGCUCAGGUUCUUUUAUUUGUACCACUUUGCUUUCUAUGCUUAUCACUACCGCUUUAAUGGACAGUACAGUAGCUUGGCCCUGGUAACAUCUUGGCUUUUCAUACAGCACUCUAUGAUCUACUUUUUUCAUCACUAUGAACUUCCUGCUAUACUGCAGCAGAUUCGAAUUCAAGAGAUGUUGCUGCAGAACCAGCAGCUUGGCCAAGGAAACCAGACUACACUGCAAGAUAACAUUAACAACAAUACAACUCCUGCAACUGAUGGUGAACCUGGACUGGCCAAUUUGCGUGAUGUGUCUGUGCAGCCUGCAGAAGCCAGCAACCCAGCUGCACAGACUGGAGCAACUGAUCCCGCUUUAUCUGUAGACAAUGACCUGAACUGGAUGGCUGAAACGGCUGCCAUGAUCAAUGAAGCUGCCCUAGUGUCAGACCUCUUGGAGCGAGGUAGCAUCAGAGAUGCGCAGAGCAACAGUCAUCAUGAUAUUCCAAAUGAUGCUGUCAAUCUUGUUGCCCAUAUCAGGAUAGAUGAACAUCCUGAAAACACUGCUAGCUCUGUUAAAGUAGAAAUUACUGCAAGAGCAGUGGUUUCACAGCCCACCACUUUGGACCCUGUGUCAGAGAGUACAUCUGAGGUGUUGUCCGAAAAUACUCCACAGACUUCCCUAUCUAACCAAGUUUCUUCAACAGAUCAUACUAAGGUGUGUGUCAGUACUGAUGGCCAGUUAUGCUUCGAAGAGAGGGUCAGUGGUCAGUCCAGUAGCCUGCCUGUGAACUUACCUUUGCCUGUCACACAUUCAGAUCAAGACUUAGAAGGGCAAAGUGCUGCGCACACACAGGUGAGCAGAGCUGCCUGUCCUGCAACAUCUUCUGAUAAACCUGAUCAAAACCUGGACCGUGCUGAUCAGCCGACGCCAUCAUGAAUUUGAAUGUAUGGCAGUGUGUAUAGAAGUCCUGCAAAAUUUCAGGUUUCCUCCACCCUAUUACACCCAAGGACAGCAGGCAGAGAUGAGUGGAGUGUCUCAUAAAGCCCCGAUUGGUUUGGGGGACAAGUUGUGUGUCUGCAGGAAUAAAAACCCAUCAAAUGUAUGGCCACAGUAUCUGUUAUUACCAUCAAAGUCAAAGGUGUUACUGAAUGGGAUGUUGGUAGAGAACGCAUGCAUUUAUUUGCAUGUAGUUCUUUGCUACUUUGGCAAACAAAAACAAUGUUUACAGUAAAGUAACCACCUCUUCCAUGCUGUCCUUUCAAGUAUGAAACCAUCCUGAAAUUUUAUUACACAGGCCUUUUCAAUGUCAUUGUUUUUAACAGAAUUUGGCAUUUGCAGAUGUAGUACUUAAAACCCUUGUUUGAAGCAGUAAUUUUUUUUUUUUUAGUGGGUGGCAGGUAGACACAGAAAUGGGGUAAGCAGUUCUUUAAGCUUAAGAAAUGCCUUUGCCAGUUUGAAACAACUAAACACCUUGAAACUAAUAACCAUGUUUCCUGGAAAGCAUGGUAUGUGGUAAGCCCCUAGUAUAAUAAUUUAACCCAUCUGUUUGCUUCUCUUUCCUGAGUAGAUUACCUAGUAAAUUUAAUUCCUUACAUCUAUAAUUUUUAGUCUGAGAGUUUUGUUGCCCUUUACUGUAUUAUAAUUCACAGUUAAGAUUAUACCUUUUGUGUGUUUCCUAAAUGACACCGUUCUGAUGCUUUUGACCAUUGUGUUCUUCCAGGAUAAAAUCCAGAUUUGUUUUUUUAAAGGGAAAUGAAUACAGACUUAGAACAUUCUUUACUUUUUAGAUACCAUUGUAGGUAUCAUUGCCAUUUUUUCAUAUUUUACAAUUUUUCACUAGACAUGUUGGGUACUUUGCUUUGUACAGCUCCUUAUGACUAUUUUAUGGUUACUGUGUUGGGCUAAGUAACCAGUGCUCUGUUGCAUCUAUGUGCCUCUUGGCUUUUUUGUUGCUGCCUCUUCCUCCUCUUGCUGGUAGAACUUUGCUUUGUUUUGUUGUACAAUGUCUUAUGACUACUGUUAAGGGUUUUGUUGCACUGUUGUGUACUGUGGCUUCUGCCAGAACAUAGUUUCAUUACUUUCUGCAGUGUCUCCUAAUUUUGCUGUACUCCCCCCUGCUAAGCUUUGCAUUUUUGUAAGAGGUUUUCUUUAUUUCUUUCUGCUUGUGGUCUUGUAAGUUUUCUCAGCCUUGCUUGUUAUCCAAGUACUGUCUCAUGGCUUCUGUCAGUUUUGCUGUACAGCCAUUACUGUGUCUGAUGGCUUCCACCAGCUUUGCUGUAUGACCCAAAAUUCUUUCAUGGCUUUUGUCAGGUUUGUUUAAUUUCUUUCCAGCAGUUGUCAUACAUUUAAUCUGACGUUUGAUAUGCGUCUCUCUCCUUUCUGUCUUGAAGUCCACCGGAGCUUUGUUAUAUGCAUAAAACUACUUUGUGGCAGCUUUCAGUGUUUUGCAAAUGUGCAUUGUCUGAACGCAGAGGAGAGAUUGUUGUGAAGCAGUACAUUGUGAGAGCAGUAGGUAUGUCCUGGCUAGUUGAGAUUUAUGCACCUGCUUGUCUUACAGGAGUAGUGGGUAAAACAUUAUUUUAAUACAGUAUAUAGCAUCAUGCAUUCAUUUGUAUUGGCAAGGAAGAACUCAAUCUGUCCAGGAAGUGUCUGUUAAAUUCCCAGAGUGAGGCCGUUAGUGGAUGGUUCCAGGUCUGGUUUACAAGCUUGGUCACUUGCUGCGCAGUCAGAUUGCUGAGUAAGGUGUCAGAGCACGUUUCUUCAUAUAAAGAAAAAAACAUAUCUCUAUCUUUUUUGACAGUCAUGGUUUAUUCUUGUACAGCCUUAAAAUUGUAUAAAGAAAAACACUUAUUCCUUUUCUGUACAGUUCAGUGUUUAUUUCUGUAUAGCCUUUAAGAAUAAAAUUCUUAAAGUUGUAAUUGUUAAUGAGGAAUAUAUUCUCUGUGGUGAUGUAGAAAUGCCGCUCACAAGCACGGGCUAGACAUGCACCUUAAAUGCCUCAAGAAGUGAGUAGAUAGUCUAGUUUAUAAUAAUUAUAUUAGAAAAAAAUACUGUAACAAACGCAGUAGGAUAGCUCAAUUUUAAUGGGACAUUUUUUAAAACAUCAAGAAAUCCUCUCAUUGAGAGUCUAAUUUCAUUGCCAUAGUUAUAAUGAAUGUUCUUUUCAAGUUAUUUUCGCCAUGCUUCUGUCUUUCCUGGGUAGAAGCAUUUAUGCACAGAGGCAUGUAGACUUUUAUCACAGAUAUAUUUAUCAUUCAUGAUAUUGGAGCAUUUCAGAACUCUUAGUGUACCACCAUACAGCCAAGUUCAGUUAUUGUACUGAACAUAAAUCCUGAAGGAAGACCAAGCAGCUGUGUUAAAGGAAAGUGAGUACUUUUAACAAAAGAAGUAAAUUUGUCAACUUGGCGCAGCAUAGCAGAAUGAAUUUACUUUCAUUUAAGUGGUGGUUGUGGGAAAAGUACGCAUCUUACCAGCAAAGUUCUGUGUUUACUUUUGUAGUUUGAAUGCUUUACAGGUCGUCUGUGAAUGUUUAGAUUUUUCCCCAAUGAACCUUUACUUGAUUCUUUUUCAUGAACCACUGCCAGCCUGGAAGGGGAGAUGAAUCCUUUGUUAGUUCUCUCUAACACUGAGAAGGUGCUAAUCUCUUAUUUAUGGAGAUGCUCUUUCAGUCUGUGAUAUUCUACAACUGUCUGCAAUAAUAUCCACGUGGUUCACCACUCAUUUUGCCAGAAAACAUUAAAGAAAAACUCUUGCCAAUAUGAAUAAAAACUGUCAGGAAAAUAA